AUGGAGCCAUCGGAGGCCCCUGGGCGAGAGCGCUGGGCCGGGUCUGAGGCGCGCAGGAGGCAGAAGCCACCCAACACGAGGGAGAUCCCUUCCCCUCCUCUCCCGGCCAGGGCUGCCCGUGGGCACUGGGAGGAGGCCCGGCUGCAGCGCCUCUCUCCCCCACCCAGCCCUGCAGCGAGCGGUGGUCUCGCUGCUGCCGGGCCCCGUGCAGCCGGGUCCUCUGGAGCCAGCCGGACCAGCACCGCUGCAGCAAGUUCUUCCUGGCUGCCAGCAUCGGGAUCCUCCUUGGCCUUGGUGAGUGCUCCCGGUGCCAGGUGUGGCGAGAAGCUGGGGGUACCAGGGGCUCAGGGUGCAUCUGCUGCUGUUGCAGGGCUCUGCCAGGUCUUUGUCAUCCCCAUGAACAUCACAGAGACGCAUAAGGUGCAGCUCUCCUAUGGGCUGGCAGGAGUGACUGCCUUGGGCUGGGCCACGUCCCCCCAUUUCCGCUGCGCCAGCCUGCUCGUGGUCCCCAAAUUCUUCGGCAAGGAGGGUCGGGUCUACGUCCUUUCCCUUGUCCUCGCUGCCAUCUACAACGGGCCCGUGGCCAACAUCUGGCACAACCUGGAGGAGGUGAUGCGCUCGCUGGGCUGCGUGGCAGAGCUGCAGGUCAACCACAGCCGCAUGCUGUGGCGCAUGUCCACGGCGCCCCUGCGCAAGGUGAUGGAGGACAUGGCGCUGAGCGGGCAGAUGCUGAACUCUGAGGUGCAGAACAUUUCACGUGCCUUUGUGGGGCUCAAUGAGGAGGUGGCCAGCGAGGCUGGGUACGACCUGCAGCAGCCCCAGCACGGCAAGACCCAGCUGGCACCCAGCACCCAGCAGCUCUAUGAGACCAAGACCAAGAUGCGCUGCAAUGAUGUGGUCGAGCUGGGCAUGCAGCGCUGCCGGGACUGGUUUGACACCAAGUACGAUGCUUGCAUGGAGCAGAUAUUCGUGCCCCUCGUCAACCACUUCCUCUGCCUUCACUUCCUCUGCCUGCCCAUGGAGUUCAAGUUCCUCUGCCACAUUGUGAAGGUUAUGAAUAGCUGGUGCAGGGACAAGAUCCCCGUGGAGGGCAACUUUGGGCAAACAUACGACAUGGUGAACAACUCGGUCAGCAACCUCAGCCAGGAGUUCAGCGCCAGCGUGGUCUUCCAGGAGGAGCACCGCGAGAUGCUGUCGGUCACCACCAACGUGUCUGCAGAGCAGCUGAUGGAGGAACUGACCUCACACUUCCAGGAGCACAGUGCCCGCCUGGGCCAGACUUUCUCCAUCUUCCGCCUGGUUCUUUCCUUCUCCUUCAUCCUCGUCUUCAUCACGGCUUUCUCCUACACCAAGCGGUAUUGUCAGGACAUCUCUUACGACAACCUCUACAUCACCACCUACUUCCGUCAGAUCGAUGCACGCCGCAGGAAGGAGGGCAAGCGGACGCUGCUGCCGCUGCUCCGUGCAGAGGCCUCGGCCUUCAUCUUCCCGUGCCGGCCCAUGGUGCAACCGCUGGAGAUGCAGAACAUGGUGCUGGAGCUGCUGGAGUGCAUCCCUACCCUGCUCUUCCUCCUGCUGGCCUGCGCCAUGGACCACGUGCUGGUCAGCAUGCUCAGCACCAUCCAGCAGCACUCCUUUGUGCAGUACUCCUUCCACAGCAGCCAUCACUUGUCCAUCCACGUUACGGGCACGUCCCUGAUGGCGCGGCUCCUGCGGAGUACCAUCGGCGCCCUCAACACCUCCUCUGACACCCUGCUGGAGACGUCCAACUUGGUGUGCCUGCCGCAGCCGCGCCGCAUGAGCCAGCACCAGUACCUGAGCAGCUGCCUGCCCCUGGCCGGGCUGGCGCUGCUCUGCCUGGCCCAGGUCUACACAUACCGCCUGCGCCGUGUCAUCGCCGCCUUCUACUUCCCCAAGCGGGAGAAGAGCCGCGUGCUCUAUCUCUACAACAAGCUGCUGCAGCAGCGCCUGGACUUCAUCCAGCGGCAGCGGAAGCGCAUUAUCCAGCGGGCACAGCAGCCCCCAGGACUGGUGAGUGGGGCUUCACUGUUCCCCCCAACCCUAGGGUUCUGCUCUGCCAUGGGGCCUGCAGCUCAGCCCCACACAUCUUCAUCCCUAGGGCACAGCGAUACUGCGUUGGUGCUGCCGCCGCUGGCCCUGCCUGAGCCACUGGAUGCGCCGGAGCUGCACGGUGUGUGGGGUGCGUGUGGGGCCCCCAGAGCCCGCCUGCCCCGCACCUGCCUGUGCAGCCCCGUACUGCCGGCAGUGCUGGCGCGAGGCAGGACGUGUCUGCCUGGCCUGCGCCCCCCCGGAGCCCAGCCCUGAUGCCGACAGCAGCGACGAGGGUCUGGGGUACACGGGCUGAGGGCAUGAGGCAAUAAAGUGUGAGACCCCCCC